CUCGCGGCCUGGUUCCGGGGCAAGUCGAGGGUCGUCGCGCUGACGGGCGCGGGCCUCUCCACGGACAGCGGCAUCCCCGACUACCGGGGCGCCGAGGGCUCGUACCGCAAGGGCCACACGCCCGUGUCCCACGACGAGUUCAUGCGCGUCGACGCGAAGCGGAAGCGCUACUGGGCCCGCGCGCUCGUGGGCUACGACGCGUUCCGCGCCGCGGCGCCGAACGCGGGCCACGCGGCGCUCGCCGACCUCGAGCGGCGGGGGACGAUCGCCGCGGUCAUCACGCAGAACGUCGACGGGCUCCACGAGGCCGCGGGGUCCCGAAACGUGAUCCCGCUCCACGGCCGCGGCUACCGCGUGCGGUGCACGUCCUGCGGCGCCGAGGGGUGCCGGUCGGCGUACCACGCGGACCUCGAGCGCCGCAACCCGGCGUUCGCGGCGCGCGCCGCGGCGCUGCGCGGCGGCGCCGGCGCGCGGGACGCGCUGCGGCCCGACGGCGACGCGGACCUGAUGGACGAGGAGUUCGACGACGCGGACGACGACGUCGCGGGCUUCGACGACGUCGCCGCCUGCGGCGAGUGCGGCGGCGUCGUCAAGCCCGACGUCGUCUUCUUCGGCGACAACGUGCCCGCGGCCCGCGUCCAGGCCUGCUACGACGCCGUCGCCGACGCCGACGGCCUCCUCUGCGUCGGCACGUCCCUCGCGGUCUACUCGGCCUUCCGCUUCGUCCGGAGGGCGCACGCGGACGGCCUCCCCAUCUGCAUCCUCAACCGCGGCCGCACGCGCGCGGAC